AUGCGUUCCGAGGCCAUUCUCGCAGUCUUGGGGGCGCUCCUGGCCGUGGGCUGGGCCAGAAGGACCCCAACUGGAGGGAGGCCGCAAACACAUCGUCCACCUCUUCGAGUGGAAGUGGUCCGAUAUCGCCCAGGAAUGCGAGCGCUUCUAGGCCAUACGGAUACGCUGGAGUCCAGGGUGUACGUCGAUGUCGUCUUCAAUCACAUGGCUGCCGAUCAGAAAAACGCCGUGGGAACAGCUGGCACCACCGCUGACCCUAAUAACAAACAAUAUCCAGGAGUUGCAUACGGACCUUGGGACUUCCACGCUACCUGCGACAUCGGCAGCGACUACGGCAACGCGCAGAAGGUGCGCAACUGUGAACUGAGCGGAUUGCACGAUUUGGACCAAAGCAGGGACUACGUGCGCACGACUAUCAUCAAGUUCCUGGACGCCCUCGUCGACCACGGAGUUGCUGGCUUCCGUGUGGAUGCAGCUAAGCACAUGUGGCCGGAAGAUCUCAAGUACAUCUACUCAAAGGUGAAGAACCUCAACACCAACCACGGAUUCGCCGCAAACACGCGCCCCUUCUUCUUCCAAGAGGUCAUCGACAAGACUGGCAAGGAGGGAGUUCACAACUAUGAGUACACGAGCUUUGGCCGAGUGACGGAGUUCAGAUACGGCAUGGAGCUUUCCGGAGUUUUCGGAGGCAACAAUGCUCUCAAAUAUCUGUCCAACUGGGGACCCAAAUGGUCACUCAUGGACGGCAACGACGCUUUGGCUUUCAUUGACAACCACGACAACCAAAGAGGCCACGGUGGAGCUGGGUCCAUUUUGACAUACAAAUCCGCAAAGCCGUACAAAAUGGCUAUUGCGUUCAUGCAAGCCUGGCCGUACGGCGUCACUCGCGUCAUGUCCAGCUACGACUUCUCUAAUACCGAUGCCGGUCCCCCAGCUGACGGCAAUGGCAACAUCAAGGACGUGAUCAUCAACAGCGACCUCACUUGCGGCAACGGCUGGGUGUGCGAGCACCGAUGGAGGCAGAUUUACAACAUGGUGGCCUUCAAGAAGGCUACGGAAUUCACUGACGUGCUGAACUGGUGGGACAACGGAAACAACCAGAUUGCUUUCUCACGCGGAAACAAGGGCUUCAUUGCCUUCAACAAAGACUCAUACAACCUGGCUCAAACUUUGCAGACUGGCCUGCCCCAAGGCACCUACUGCGACCUGAUCUCCGGCCUCAAGUCCGGCAGCAGCUGCACCGGAAAGAGCGUCACCGUGGGCAGCGAUGGGAAGGCGUACAUCGAGAUCAAGACUUCUGAAAAUGAUGGUGUUCUUGCUAUUACCGUCGACUCUAAGCUGUAA